CGCGAGGCGGGGCUGCGGGCCUGCGCGGGGCUGUAAACAGGGGCGGGCUGUGUCGCUGCGGUGUGGCGGCUCCCACCGCUGCGUGACACGGUGUCCCUGGAUGUCACCAGCGCGCACACCGAGAGGAACCUGCUUCGAUGUACGUGUCAUGGCUUAAAAAUAGCUGGGAUCCACCUGCGCGCCGGGGCGGCGGCGCAGCGGCGGGGGCCGUGAAGGAGCCAUGGGCACCGGACUGCCGGAGCCCGCAGGCCAACUCGGGAUCUGAGACCCUUGCGACCAGGAGCAACAGCCACCUGGUGACCGAGCCCGUCACCGCUGAAACCACUCCGCGUUGGCCGCAGAUCCCGCCACCUUGAAGAUGUGCCCCGGUAACUGGCUGUGGGCUUCCAUGACUUUUAUGGCCCGCUUCUCCCGAAGCAGCUCAAGGUCCCCUGUUCGUACCCGAGGGAGCGUGGAGGAGAUGCCCAGUGUUCACCAUCCCUUCCUCAAUGUCUUUGAGUUGGAAAGGCUCCUCUACACGGGCAAGACAGCCUGCAACCAUGCUGACGAGGUCUGGCCGGGCCUCUACCUCGGAGACCAGGACAUGGCCAACAACCGCCGUGAGCUUCGUCGCCUGGGCAUCACCCACGUCCUCAACGCCUCACACAGCAGGUGGCGAGGCACCCCCGAGGCCUACGAGGGACUGGGCAUCCGCUACCUGGGUGUUGAAGCCCACGACUCGCCAGCCUUUGACAUGAGCGUCCACUUUCAAACCGCUGCGGACUUCAUCCAUCGGGCACUGAGCCAGCCGGGAGGGAAGAUCCUGGUGCACUGUGCGGUGGGAGUGAGCAGAUCUGCCACCCUGGUGCUGGCCUACCUCAUGCUGUACCACCACUUCACCCUCGUGGAGGCCAUCAAGAAAGUCAAGGACCACCGAGGCAUCAUCCCCAACCGGGGCUUCUUGAGACAGCUCCUAGCCCUGGACCGUAGGCUGCGGCAGGGUCUAGAAGCAUGAGCUGAAGGGGAUCAGGCCAGGUCCCUAGGUGGUUUCCUGGCUCCCAGCUGGGAAGAGAAAACCGGGGAGACAGGUAGUAGAAAGGCCAGACAAUCUAUCCUCCCCUAGUGGCAGGAGAGCCAAGAGUCCCAAGACCACUGUGGCUCUUUGUGGAUGGGGAUGGAGGGCCAGGUUGGGCAAUGUGGUCGGUGGGGGCUGCUGACCAGGGAAGGAAGCAGUGGGGCUGUAAGUAGAGCAUGGCUCGAUGAUUAGGAUAUCCCCGCGUUCCAGCAGGGUACGCCCAAAUGACUCAGAAUCUCUUCCCCUCAUUGUGUUCAAGUGUCCCCCUCUCUCGCUUUUCCAAACAAAACGACCACUGCUCUGGAGUACCUGAGCAGUGGGGAUGUCAGGGACGCACGCAGCAACAUGGAUGUGAAGGAAGGUUGUACAGGUUGCAGAAAACAACACAGUCAGUUGGUGAUGGUGUGGUGUGAAAGUCACCAAUCCAGAGGGAGAAACCUACCCCCCUGUGCAACUCCAGGAAGAGGAGGUGUGUGAGGACUGGCAGGACACCCUACCGGAGCUGCUUGGGGUCAAAUGACUUGGAGUCUUUAGGCGGUCAUAUUCUCACUGAAAACCAUGCGUCUGGAGUAGAAAUAAAGAAGUGAAAAAGAA